AUGGGCUCUUUGUGACUGACUACUUCACUCGCACACCGCGCAAGCUCAGCCCCUUCCGCUCCUUUGCCAGCAUUGAGCUCUUCCACUUCCACAUCCCUGAGGACACAGUCAUUGCUGUCUGGAACCUCAUCACCUUCAAGGAGCAGGGUGGCACAUUUGGGGACCAAUGCCCAGACCGUAGCAUCACCGUGUAUUUCCGCUCAGGGGCUCCCUCUGUCAUUAACCCGCUGCACACGCACUUCCCCAGGGACACGGCUGUCCCUGGCUCCUUCGCACUGACCCUCACCUGGACCCUGCCCAACCGCACCACGGGGGUGUUCAAUGUCACCAGCCCCUUGCCUGGGGACUGGUUCCUGGCUGCCCACCUGCCCAAAGAUGAGGGCAAGAUCUCUGUUAAGGGUCUCUACGAGGAGUGCCAGUAUCUCUUCCAGCCACAGCUCAUCGUGCAGCGCCUGGUCAACAUUGCUGUGCUGUACCCAGGUCAUAUCACUGAGCAGAGCAUGGCCCCCCACAACCGCUCCUGCCUCUACAAGGUUUUUGUGCCCAGCUACACGUCACGAGUGCUGGUGGAGGUGCUGCAGUGCCACGGGGCCGAGGGCUGCCCGCUCUGGCUGCGUGUGAGGGCCAAGGCUCCCCCCUUGCAUAACUCCACAGCGCUGGAUUGCCGGGAACACACUCCCUGCCAGCUGGCAAUGGACCUGCCCUUCUGGCAGCAUUGGUACUAUGUGCUGGUGGAGAAACACCCCGGGGUGAUGGGCACUGUCUCCUUCCAGGUCACUGUUCAGCUUACAGACUGCUCCAGACCCAGCCUGGCCCGACCACCUUUCCUGCCCUCCAGUGCCUCCAUGAACAUGCCCCACUCCUUUGGCUCUGUGGGUGGGCUGACACUGGGGGACAGCCCUCCACCCACCAGCCCCAACAGCACGAAGCACCCAGUCCCCAUUCCCACCUCCUCACCUGUGGGUGAGCGGUGCUGGCCGGUCCGCCCCACACUGCGCAACGAGCUGGACACCUUCUCUGUCCACUUCUACAUCUUCUUUGGGCCCAACGUGUCAGUGCCACCUGACCGCCCUGCUGUCUUCGUCAUCAACCUCCUGCCGGUGCUGGACAGUGGUGGGGUGCUCAACCUGGAGCUGCGGCUCAAUGUGAGCUCUCUGUGUGGUGAGAACGUGACAGUGUUUGGAUGUCUGAACCAUGAGGUCCCACUGACAUCUGGUGACAAUGCAUCAGUCACCUGUGAGACAGAGUCCCUGUCAGGCUUCCUGCUCUCUGUCAAUACCACAGCCAGCCUCAGCCGCCUGAGGAUCCCCUACCCCCAGACAGGCAGCUGGUACCUCAGCCUGCGAUCUCUCUGUGCCACGGAGCACGGGUUUGAGCCCUGCACCAACGUGACAGCCGAGGUGUACCUGCGUGCCUACCUCUCGCCCUGCAUCAACGACUGUGGCAUCUACGGGCAGUGCAAGCUGCUGCGCACCAACAACUACCUGUAUGCCGCCUGCGAGUGCAAAGCUGGCUGGAAUGGCUGGGGCUGCACAGACAACGCCGAGGCUUUCUCCUAUGGAUUCCAGCUCCUCUCCACGCUGCUGCUGUGCCUCAGCAAUGUCAUGUUCGUGCCUCCCGUGGCCAUUGCUGUCCGUAGCCACUACCUCCUGGAAGCUGCCGUCUACAUCUUCACCAUGUUCUUCUCCACUUUUUACCACGCCUGUGACCAGCCGGGCAUCGUGGUGUUCUGUAUCAUGGACUAUGAUGUGCUACAGUUCUGUGACUUCCUGGGCUCCCUCAUGUCAGUCUGGGUCACCGUCAUCGCCAUGGCCCGGCUGCAGCCUGUGGUCAAGCAGGUGCUGUACCUGCUUGGGGCCAUGCUGCUCUCCAUGGCUCUGCAGAUGGACCGCCAUGGGCUCUGGAACCUGCUGGGGCCCAGCCUUUUUGCCUUGGGGAUCAUGGCCAUCGCCUGGCAUUUGUACCAGCUGAUGCUGAAGGCAGCCCGGACUCCUCCGGCACACGGACAGCAGCCCUGCCGUGGCACCUGCUCCCUCUGCCGGCUGCCCAUCCCCGGCAGCGCCAGGACUCCUCUGCGUGGGGGCACAGCCACCCGUGCCACCCUCUUCUUGCAAUUACAGCCUGGUUGA